GGCCACAGAGAGCAGAGAAAUUACCAACUGUCCGGGACUAUUUUGUUGUAUAUCACCUUUGUUGUAUAUCACCUUUGUUUAAACUGUGGUGGAAGUAUGUGCAUGGAGUGAAAGCCCUGCAGUUUUGUUUUUUUUUCGUGAUUUUAUCCUUCAGCAGCAUAGCGCGUCCGGUUCGCCUCUCUGACCCACAGUCGUCCCAUCUCUGUCGGAUCAUGUGGAUUAUAUUGGCGUUUAUUCUGGCAGCGGCGGGUCCUGAUGGGAGCUGGGGAUGUCAGCUUCCCCGCGACUGGAGACAGCAGACAGAAGCGUGCCGUGCCGAGUUGGCACAGAUCAUAGUAUUUGCCAAGGUGUUAGCACUGCACAAGGAGUUUUACAAUGUGUAUGAUAACUACCUGCCCGUCCAGCCGUCCGACACAGAGCUGCUUUUCUCCGCCGAGAUUGAGCUGCUGUGCGACCAGGCGUGGGGCAGCAUGCUGGAGGUCCCCGCCGGCUCCAGGUUUAAUGUCACCGGCCUGGGCUACUUCACCUGCUUCUCAUACAGUGUCACCAAAAACAAUAACUACUACUUCUUUCUAAGGAUGGAUGAGAACUACAAUAUUAUCCCUCAUGGAGUGAACUUCCAGGACCCCAUUUUCCCUGACACCGCGGAGAACCACCGGGCUUUUGCCAGCCUUUUCCAGUUUGCCAACUGCACGUCUGGUACCCAGGUCCACACCUAUGCCCCGGAGUGGGAGGCUCAGGAGGACAGCCGGUUGUUGUGCUCCGCGGUGCAGAAGGCUCUGUUUGAGGAGGAGGAGAGGGUCUGGACUCUCUCCCAGAAGGUGCGCUCCUUGGAGAAAACCAAUGACCACCUGAGGGAAAAGGUGAAGACCAUGAAACGUCUGCUACGCCAGGCCCAACGAGAGACAACGAAGGAGCAGCAGACCCUCAGCCUCAAACAGCUCUACAAGUCAAAGACGCCCCAAACUCACCCCGAUCAGGACACUGCCCUGGACCAGAGGAAUCAGCGCCUGAAAAAGGUCCCCUCCAGGACGCUAAAAAACUAGACUACAAAUAACAGUGCUGGCCAAUUUAGAGUAACACAAUGUAAUUACAUUCUCCAUGUCUUCAACCCAAUUAAAAUACUUAUUUACGGAUACACAGGGCUUUCACUUAGUCACCUAGUUUGUGUUCCCAGAUGAACUAGAGGGAAGGAUUAAUGGAGAUAAAGGAUUUAAAUGGUUCCACAGGGGUAAGAGAUCUCCAUCCUGAUCUCCUCAACUCUUGUUUCACCCCAUUAUGAUUGGUUUCUCUGAAUAACUUUUACCUUUGUCUUUUGUUAGCUUAAUUCUGGACAGAGCUCUCAGCUGGCGGAUGCACUGUUGAACAAUAUCUGGACAAUGUUAAAGCAUUGCACAUUUAAUAUCUUGUUUCUUUCUGUGCUGGACACAUUGUGCAUUGCAUGAAUAUUAUAAUUAGUUUGUUACUUCAGAAAUACUAUCAUCAAAAUUCUCCAAAUCAACCUGCGUCUUUUGUGGGUCAACUCUUGGACAUGAAGGGAUAUUAACAUGUCUCGUCUUUCUCAUAAUGUUUCGACUGUGUAAAUGAGCGUAUAAUUAGCAGUGCCAAAGUUUACAAAGCUGCAAGACCGAACAAUAUGUUAAAUCAGUAUUUUCUACCUUUGCCUGCUUUUCAUUUACUUGUAUCUAUUGAUACCCAAAAACUAUGAUCCUUUAAAAUCAGUGAAUUGUUUCCCAAGAGUGCCU